AUGAACGACUCGUGGUUCCGUAGAAGCAAUGGAACAUCUUCCGGAUCAUCGUCAAUUGGCACACAAGAAUUGUUUGGAAACGGCGAACAACAAUUGGCGAACAACAAUUUGAUUCCCGAUUCGGGAAGUUUCUUUUUCAACGGGACGUCAUCAGAAGACACCUUCUUCCCUUCGGACAGGGGCCAGAAGGCAUUCGUCGCAAGCUCAGAGUUCGCCGAGCCGGCGCGUACAGAGAUUACUCUGCAAAAUGUCGUCGGGAAGGAGCAGCUCAUAAAUUUUGCGAUGGACCGUCACGGAGUGAAGUUCCUGGAGAUCCACUAUCCGACGGAUGCUAAUAACGAUCUACACAGAGCAGUUUUCGAAAAGCUCACCGAGUCGAUGAUCUUGUUCGGUGGAUUGUGUAAAAAUUCAAACGGAAACUUCAUAAUCCAGAAGCUUGUCGAAUUCGCAACGCUCGAUGAGCAGAAAGUGUUGCUGCAGAGAAUGGUGGAGUGCGGAUUGGCGGAUAUGUGCAAAGAUAAAUUCGCCUGCCGCGUCGUUCAAAUCGCAGUUCAGAAGUUCGAUCGUUCCGUUGUCACUGAUCUGAUCAAAGCGCUCCAUUCCUCUGAUUUAGUGGACAUUUGCACCGACCAGACAUCGAUUCAUGCCAUGCAACGCAUUUACGCCAUCAAGUCGUCAGGAAUCAUGGAAAUGUAUCGCGAUAUGAUCAUAGACAAGUGUCUUUUGAGAAAUUUACUUUCCAUGUCACAGGACAAAUACGCAUCACAUGUCAUUGAAGGAGCCUUCAUCUUCGCUCCUCCCUCACUUCUCACGGAAAUGAUGACCGAGAUAUUCGAUGGUUACGUCAAAGAUCAUGGGACGAAUCGCGAUGCACUCGACAUUCUUCUCUUCCAUCAAUAUGGAAACUAUGUCGUUCAACAGAUGAUAACGAUUUGUACAUCUGCUUUAAUGGGAAAAGAAGAGCGUCGGCUUUCACCAUCGGAUCUCGGAAUGUAUGUCGCGUGGUACGAGCAGCUGCUCUAA